AUGGGUGUUGGCGGGCUGGUGCAGCUUAUUCACCGGAUCGGCCGUGAUCGUGGCCAGGGCCUGCUUCGUGCGGCGAGGCUUCAGCAGUGGGCCCUGAAGUCUAGAAGACACAGCCGUCGGAUGAAUCAUCCCAAAUUUAGCACAAACUCGUUGAUUUAUAAGCCGAGCCGACUGGACACGCACGUCCGCACGCCCCCGCCGCGGAUGCGCGCCAUUAGCUACGAUCCCAGGCUAUUUGGCGCUCGCUGCCACGGCAUAUCAGGCUUUGAGCCAUUCGGAAGUAACAAUGAACAUUGCGGCGUCAUACGCGGCCAAAUUUUAUCUAGUAUUAAUUUCCGGCACGGGAGCGUUACAGUAAGAGAGAGGAGGUCAAAGGAGAUCAAGCACGGGCCGGUGGGCACGGGGCAGGCCCCGCGCGGUAGCCCUCAUUCAAUCCUCUUUCACGUGGCGCACACGUUGAGGAGUGAGGAC